AUGUCGUCUAAACAUUUUAUCAUCCUCUUUUACAUUUUCCCAUCUCUAAUAUUAUUUCACCCUGCAGAAGCACAGAGUUGGGUGAAAGCCGGUUAUUGGCUUUCCGGACAAGAAAUUUCUGGCAUAAACUCAACGCUCUUUACUCACAUUAUCUGUGGUUAUGCUGAUAUUAAUACUUCAACGUAUGAGUUACAUAUCUCGCCCAACCAUGAGCGCGACUUCUCCGCCUUCAUGAACACUGUCAAACAAGAAAACCCAUCAAUCACGACGCUUCUUUCCAUUGGAGGUGAAAACCUAUCUUUUUCACUAAUGGCCAACAGUUCUGUUCGCAGAAAGUCCUUAAUUGACUCCUCAUUAAAAAUUGCCAGACGCUAUAGCUUUCAAGGGGUAGACCUGACCUGGAUUUUCCCUGACACAAGCUCUGACAUGAACAACUUUGCCAUACUCCUUGAAGAGGGGCGACUAGCUGUAGAGUCCGAGGCUAAAAACAAUAGCCAGCCACAACUGAUCUUGACUGCUGUAGCUGGCCACUCGCCAGUUAAUUCACAAAAUGUGUCCUAUCCUGUCGACUCAAUGCAGAAGAACUUGAAUUGGUUAAACAUUAUGGCUUAUAACUAUAAGGACCCUUCUGGGGCAAACAUUACGAGUGCUCGUGCAGCUCUGCAUGAUCCAACGAGGCGGAUUACUACUGAUGAUCGCAUAAGGGACUGGAUUCAAAGGGGACUAUCUGCAAAUAAGUUGGUUCUGGGGUUGCCUUUCUUUGGCUCUGGGUGGACACUUCAGAAUUCCGAGGACAAUGCUAUAGGUGCACCAGUCACUGGUCCAGCAACUGGUCUAAGUUUUACAGAACAUGGAAGCAUCGCCUACAAGAAUAUCAAGCAACUUUACAUUCGUAAAUAUCGGGCUGCUGUAAAGUACAAUGCUACUUAUGUAAUGAAUUACUGCAUCAAUGGAUCAACAUGGAUUGAUUUUGAUGAUGUUAAGGCUAUCGAAGCUAAGGUGUCCUACGCCAGGAAGAUGGGGUUGCUCGGUUACUAUGUCCUGGAAGUCACGGAUGAUGACAAUUGGGUGCUUUCUCUUGCUGCAGCUAAAGAACCAGGAGCAAAAGUCAACAACGUAGCAGCUGCAGGAAACUUUAAUAGCAAUGCUCCUGAUCUUCAGAUCUUCAGUUAUGCUGAUAUUGAGAUGGCUACUAGUGCAUUUUCAUUUGAGAAUAAGCUUGGAGAGGGUGGCUAUGGUCCUGUUUACAAGGGUAUACUUGAAAAUGGACAGGAAAUAGCAGUGAAAAAACUUUCUAAAACUUCCACACAAGGAUAUGAGGAGUUCAAGAAUGAGGUUACACUGACGGCAAAACUGCAGCAUGUUAAUCUUGUCAGGGUUUUGGGAUUUUGCAUUGAAAGGGAUGAACAAAUAAUCAUCUACGAGUACAUGCCUAACAAAAGCUUGGACUUCUACCUCUUCGACCAGGCCAAACAAGGGCUUUUGGAUUGGAAUAAGCGCGUUCAUAUCAUCGAAGGGAUUACCCAAGGACUUCUAUAUCUCCAAGAGUACUCGAGAUGGACAAUAAUUCACCGAGACUUGAAAGCCAGCAACAUUUUACUUGACAAAAAGAUGAAGCCUAAGAUCUCAGAUUUUGGCAUGGCUAAAAUUUUCACAAAUGAGGAACAUGAAGCAAAUACAGGCCGAAUUGUUGGAACAUAUGGUUAUGUUCCUCCUGAAUACAUUAAACGAGGUUUGUACUCCACCAAGUCUGAUGUUUACAGCUUUGGAGUUUUGCUACUACAAAUCAUAAGCGGCAAGAAGAAUGCUUGUUGUUAUGGCUUGAGUGAAAAUUUAAGCCUCCUAGAUCAUGCAUACGAUCGGUGGAAAUCAGACAAUGGCUGCAUGGAGUUUAUGGACCCAUCUCUGGAUGAUACACUUUCAUCAUGUAAACUAUCGAGAUGCUUGCAAAUAGCUCUUUUAUGUGUCCAGGAAAAUGCAGUUGAUAGGCCAACCAUGUUGGAGGUUGCUUCAAUCCUAAAGAGCGAAAGUGCUGCUCUUACAACCCCUAAAUUGCCCGCCUUUUCUAUAAAAAGAAAUGAAGAGGAGGAUAACAAAUCUGAAUUGAAGCCAAAAAAUUGUUCCAUCAAUGAAACAACUAUCUCCGAAAUGGCAUACGAUCGGUGGGAAUCAGAGAAAGGCAUGGAGUUUAUGGACCCAUCUCUGGAUGAUACACUUUCAUCAUGUAAACUGUUGAGAUGCUUGCAAAUAGCUCUUUUAUGUGUCCAGGAAAAUGCAGUUGAUAGGCAAACCGUGUUGGAGGUUGCUAAUUCAAUCCUAAAGAGCGAAAGCGCUGCUGUUACAAUCCCUGAAUUGCCUGCCUUUUCUAUAAAAAGAAACGAAGAGGAGAAAAACAAAUAUGAAUUGAGGCCAGAAAAUCGUUCCCUCAAUGAUACAACAAUCUCCGAAAUGGUUCCUCGAUAA